UUCAAAAUCUCAUACUCCCAGUCGAGCGAGAGUUGACUGACACAAAUAAUCGAGUGUCCAUCGCAUUUAAUUUCUUCUCUCGCCAAUUAAAUUUAUCCUCCGUCUAUUUUUUGUAUUUGUUCACAAUCCUCGUGUCCGGAUAUGCCCAACGAGGGUAUUGAAGCAAAAUCAGAGCCAGAAGAGGAGGAAACGUCUACGGAGGGCGAACUGGAUAUAAUUCUCAACAAUGUAGUCUGUAAUUUCAGUGUCCGAUGUCAUCUUAAUUUGAAACACAUCGCCAUGAACGGCUAUAACGUUGAGUUCCACAAGGAAAUGGCGAUGCUUAUUAUGAAGUUUCGAAAUCCAAGAUGCACAGCAUCGAUAUGGUCCUCAGGCAAAAUUACAAUGACGGGAUCAACUACGGAGACUGAUGCUAAAGUUGGUGCUCGGAGAUGUGCUCGAACAUUACAAAAGUUGGGGUACAAUGUUAAAUUCACAAAUUAUCGUAUCGUUAAUGUCCUUGCAACGUGUACGAUGCCAUUUGCAAUCAAGAUUGCGGACUUUUCUCAAGCACAUCCUCGAAUAGCAAGUUACGAACCUGAACUGCAUCCUGGCGUGACGUACAAAAUUAAGGACAUUCGCGCAACUCUAAAGAUUUUCUCUACUGGAAGUAUUACAAUCACAGCUCCAAGUGUCGACAGCAUUCAGUCUGCAGUAGAACAAGCUUAUAGUCUAGUCUUUGAAUACAAGAAUGAGCGUCGUAGAGAUGAUAUCGAACAAUAUCCACUCAGUGAGAGGAAGAAACGAAAACGGGAGUUGAAGUUAAGAAAGGAAAAGGAAAAUGCAGGGAAAAAACAACCCAACAGUCGAAAGCGAGCUAAGCUUAAUAGUUAUGAUACUAAUUUUAUUAACGAUGGAGAUGAGGAAGCGGCUCUAGUUAUUGAUGAGGAAGAAUCUAUUCCAAUUUUCAAGAGUCCUGUUGAUGAAUCGGAAGAUGAAGACGACGAGGAGUUUGAUAGUGACGCCAGUCACGACUGAAGAAGCAAACUUUAAAAUGCAUAUUUUUGCCUUGUCAUUGGUUCAGACUUCAAUCAUAGCCUAACUUCGCCUGUCUUUUUAAAAAUUUUUGUACGAGUGAAUGGAUCUGAUAAAUUUGUCUUUGUUGUUGGUGUUCAUGUUCUCCAGUGUAGGUAGUUAGUUAGUUAAGUACAUGUAGUAAAUUAUUGAUUAUCUGGUGAGUGGAGCCGAUCCAUCCACCACCAGCUCCAACAUCAUCGCCUCCUAAAACUAUUCGUUAUCAUCGAAUGACACCAAACCCAAGUAGUAGUUCAACAAGCCAGUAAUAUUUUCUAGAUGGUUGUAUUCUAAUCAACAAAAGACCAUUGUAAAAGUUAAAAGUUUUUAAUAGCAUCAAUUGUCUCUACUUUCAUCAACUCAGCAAUAAUACUUAAAAUGUGUAGCUGAAUUUAUAAAAGGUUUUAUGAAACAUUAUAUACAACAAUACAUUGUAUGUAGUCAUUGAACAUUGAAGUCAAACAAUUCAUGAACCAAAAACAAACAAUAAAUCCUUGCCUUAAUUUUCCGCACUUCAAUACCUAUUAUGUAAUUCUGGGUAAGAGGAGAGAACUAUAUAAGCUAAUUUUGAGAAAGGACUACUGCUACUAAUUUCACAAAGACUGACGUGGAUUUUUUGAGUUAACUGAGUGAAACUCGAAAAAAUUUGUAAUACUCUUAUUAAUUGUAGAAAAUAUAUUUUAAAAUAUACAUUUGUACAAUAUUAAACUAGUUACGUGAGGUCAAAGUUGAUAUGUACAGAAGAGUUAGCUUUGACUUGUAUUUAGCGAAUCACAUGAGCAUAAAGAUCAAAUUUAGAAGUUUGUUCAUCAUUCAAAUUCAAAAGUACUAAUAAUAUCAUCUACUUUUUCUUGAAACUAUUAUUAAAAUAUUAUCGAAUGUAAGCUCGAACUUGUUCCGAUAAUAUUGAAUUCUGAUGAAUAGUAUUAUUUGGAGAAUGAUUGAUUAUAUUAUUAUUAUUGUCAUGAAUAAUUAUUAAUUUAAUCUUAAGCCUCCUCCUCCUCACUCAAUUGCACUGACUGACUUUGUGACUUUGCAGUUAUUUAUUUAUUCCGUUUAAAUAUUUUAUACACAUAUAUUAAGAAGGUGCAGCAGUUGUUCAGCUUAACGUACUGAUUUCAUGUAUUUUCAUGCAACUGAGUGUUAAGUAACACUGAGAAGGUAGCUCAAUUCAACAAAUCGUGUAAAUUAAUUAUGAUAUUGUAUUUAAUCUUGUCAAUGAUGUAGACGUAGUGUAAUUCCACAAAUGAUAUAUUAGAUUAACUGUGUACCACAAUUCUGCUUCAGAUUCCGAACCAGGCUCCAUAUCCGUAAAAACAUUGAAAUUUUAUAAUAUGACCAGCAAAUAUGAUAAUUCUAUUUAUUUGUAAGUAUUUAAUAAUCAGGUGCAUUCAAUUUUUAAUAUGAAAAUAAUAAUAAUAAUAAUCACAAUUUUCAGAUACAUGUAUAUGUUAGUGUAUGAAAAUUUGAUACCACAUUUCAAUUUCAUGUACCGUAUACCGUAUAAGAAUAAUAAAAGCACUUCAUUGGGGGAUUUGCAAGUUGCAACUGAUAAAUA